AUGGAGCAGGUGGAACGUGCCGCUGGAGAACCCAGGGCUCCAGCGGCUUCCGCGGCCAGCACUUCCGCCGAGUGCCGCGCGGGGGCGCUGCGGGGCCGCCGCGUCUCCCUACAUUUCACGCUGAGCCUGAAACCUAGAAACGCCUACGGGGUAUUAAGCCUGGGAGGGGGCGAGGACUGGAAGCUGGAGGCCAGAUACUGA